CUAUAUAACAGUCCACAAAUCAGCGGCGAUAGCAGCACAUGCCAGCGGCCUAGGCGUGUCUGCAGUGCUCCAAUCUCUGUCUGACUGCCUGCUAGACAAACGGCAGCGCACGCAACUGCAAGAAGUGUCCCUGCAGCUGUGAACAACUUGGAACACGACCCGUGAAUCAUGCCUGUAGUUCUGUAUCACUUUUCUCCCAGCCCACCGUCCAGAGUAGCCUUGACUGUUGCUAAGGCUCUUGGGAUCGAUGUCACCGUCAAAAUCAUCGAUCUGUUCAAGAAUGAGCACUUACAAGAGGAGUAUCUUAAGAUAAAUCCAGAACACACGGUACCAGCCAUGGACGACAAUGGUUUGAUUCUUCACGACAGCCACGUAAUCGCCACUUACCUGGUGUCACGCUACGGAAAGGAUGAAUCUCUCUAUCCGAAGGAUGUGAAGCAGAGGGCGCUGGUCGACCAGAGACUGUAUUUCGAAGCGACAAUACUUUUGCCUCGUCUAAGGGCUACAACAUAUCCGGUUUUCUUCCUGGGGAAAAGAAAUGUGGAUGCGGACGCGAGAGAUGCCAUAUACGAGGCUCUUGGAAACCUGGAGAAGUACCUGGAGCCAACUGGAUGGGUAGCUGGAGACCAUGCGACCGUGGCCGACAUAUCCUGCUCGGUUACAGUUGCCAGUCUGGAGGCGAUAGGAGUGGACAUGAGUGCUUAUCCGAAGAUUCGUGACUGGCUGAAACGCUGCAGAAGCACAUUCCGGGGCUACGAGGAAGCAAACGCGGAGGGCGAAAAACUUAUCGGAGACGGCAUCAAGAGCCUCGUGGGGCCCAAGGCAUACUUGAGAUAGGUGUAACAGAUUGUAACACAUCUGACUUUUAACAAAAGGAACUUCCUGAAUUGCUACGGCAGUGCUGUCAGUGCUUUAUUCUCGCAGAAAAAUUUAGUUAAAAAAUCUUUAGAAUGUGCUGACAGCAGCGCUGUCCCUGUUUUAAAUGAAUGAAAAUAUGUCUACAGUGACUCAAAGAUGUAAGUGAGAUUUGUUAAUAAAGGAAAACAAUU